GACUCUUAUCGAGUGCUGCAAUUUUUGCCUCAGACGACAGGUCACAAUAGAUUCCACCUCCCAGCACUAGGUCACAUCGACGAACGGAUUGGAGUAAUUCUCGACUUAGCGUUACGACAUACCUCUGCUCGUCUCGCCAGUGCAUGAUGCGUUCGCCUGCGCGUUAGGUGGUUCAGCCUGCAAAGCUCCCAGUGUUAUCUCCUCUCGCCGACUGCCGCAUUCGCGCUGUAAGGCACCCCCCCUACCCGCACCAGCAUCCGAUUCCCCCACAGCCUCGGGAGCGGUUCCACCUUUCCUGCAUUGCGUGCGUGCGUCCGCACUCCGCCUCUCGUCCUCCCUCCAGUGCCUAGCUUUCCGCGCGGCGUCGCAUCAUUAGCGCCACCUAAGCCCGCAGUUUCCAAAUCCAUAAUAGCCGGAGAGAACGCACUCCAGUAGGUCAAGCCGUUUACUGCCCGCCCACCACAGCGCCAUGAAUCGCGUGAGGCUAAGGCGUUCGUCGCCGUCGAUCGCGCGCAGCGCAGCAGCAUGGAGCGCCAUGACGCUCGUCGCCUUAGCUCUCGUUGCGCUACUCUUCCCCCUCACGACUUUCGCCGCUGAUGAUUCCGCGCUCUACGUGGUGCAGCUGCGCUCCGCGCCGUCCGUCGCUGAGUACACGGGUGGCAUCGCGGGAUACCCAGCCACCGCCGCCGUCGCGCGCUUCUUCAAUGCCGCGGGCCGCCUCUUCCGCCGUCGCCCGCGGAUCAACUUCCGCGGAAGCGCCGUGCGCGCGUUCCAGCAGUUUCUGAAGAGGCAGCAGGAGCAGGUGGCGCGGGACGUGAGCCUGGCGGCGAACAAGCUGCUGUACAGCUACACGCACGUGUCGAACGGCUUCGCGGCGUCGCUGACCGCCAUGCAGGCGCGGCAGCUGGAGCGGCACCCCGACGUCCUCAGCGUGACGCGCAGCAGAGUCAUCCGCCGCUUCACGUCCGCCUCGCCCGCGUUCCUGCAGCUGCCGCCGUCGCUGUGGGCCGCGGCGGGCGGGCAGAGUAGCGCCGGGGAGGACGUGGUGGUGGGGAUUAUAGACACCGGCAUCUGGCCCGAACACAAAUCCUUCGCCAACGACUCCGCGCACGUGUACGGCAAGCCCCCCGCGCGGUGGGCGGGCGGGUGCACGGUGACGAGCGACUUCCCCGCGACGGCGUGCAACGGCAAGAUCGUGGGCGCGCGCGCGUACUACUCGGGGUUCAAGCGCGAGAACCGCAACCGCCUCGACUCGUCCGCCAACUACGUGUCGCCUAGGGACGACGACGGCCACGGCACGUGGUGUGCGGGGGCGGCAGCGGGGAACGGCGGGCUGGUGUUGGGCAACAGUCUGGGCACAGCGAGCGGCAUGGCGCCGCGCGCGCGCAUAGCGGUGUACAAGGUGUUUUGGAACGACGGGCAGUACGUGUGGGCCACGGACGCCGACAUCAACGCCGCCAUCAACCAGGCCGUGGCGGACGGGGUUGACGUGCUGAGCCUGUCGCUGGGCGCCGAGGACCCCACCGCCACCUACUUCAGCGACCUGCCAUACCUCAACGCCGUUGCUGCAGGAGUGGUGGUGGCCUUUGCGGCGGGCAAUGCGGGGACGCCAUGGCAGGGGGGUAGCAAGUACCGCACUGUGGAUAACUUUGCCCCGUGGUACAUCACCGUGGGCGCCAGCACCAUCAGCCGAGGAUACUCCAUGACAGCCAAAUCCGUCACCUUAUCCUCCUCCUCCUCUUCCUCCUCAUCCGUUGCCAUCCGGUCGGCGUCAGCGGCAGCAAAGGAGACCUCUUCUCAGAACACCACUGCCACCGAGACGCCUCCUGCUGCUGCAACUGCUGCCACAGCCAGCAGCAGCAGCGGCAGGGGGAAUGCUAGUGCGGGAGUGGCAACGGUGCAUGAGAGCAUGGCGUCGGUGCGCGCCUUCAUGUCGGGCUCUCUCACCACUGCGGCCACUCGCUCCACUCCCGAGGCCCCGCUCAUUGCGUCCUUCUCCUCCACGGGCCCCCUUGUCCCCCCCUCCGCCAACCCCGCGGCCCCCAAGCCCACCAACGACAUCCUCAAGCCCGACAUCAUCGCGCCGGGCGUGGAGCUGUGGAGCGCAGGCCCGGGGCAGUACCUGGGCGACCCCAACAGCUACUUCACGCCGCUCUCGGGCACCUCCAUGGCCACGCCGCACGUGGCGGGCGUCGCUGCGCUUCUGGUGCAGCGGUACCCCGCGUGGACGCCCGCCAUGGUCAUGUCCGCCAUCAUGACGUCAGCGGCUGUCAGCAACAACAAGGGUUUUGGCAUCCGCGACUCGUCCAGUGAGUUUGCGUCGCCGUGGCAGAUGGGCGCGGGCCACGUCAACCCCACGGGGCUGCUGGACGUGGGGCUGGUGUACGAUGCGGACGCGCUGGACUUCAAGAACUUCCUGGCGGGGCAAAACUCCGCCAAGGCCAAGGCGGCAUUCAAGGGCGUGGCGCUCAAGGCCAUGAAGGCAUACAACCUCAACCGCCCCGCCAUCUCCGUCACCCGCUUCGUGGGGACCGUGGUGGUGACGCGCGAGGUGACCAACGUGGGCAAUGCCACGAGCAACUACAAGGCGGACCUGGUGGUGCCGGACGGGGUGAAGGUGACCGUCAAGCCGAGCGCCUUCAGCAUCGGCCCCAACGCCACGGUGCCCUUCAACGUGACCAUUGUGGCGAACCGCACGGGCAGCACCGCCUUCUCGUACGGCAGCCUCACCUGGCGCGACGAGUGGGGGCACGCCGUGCGUUCCGUGCUCGUGGUGCAGCCGCUCAAGCUCAAGUGACACAGCCUCACCCUCACCUCACGGCACGGCGCAAGGCUGUGAGGGAUAGCACUCUCACGUCUUGCAUGUGGGCAGAUGAGAGGUGUGGCUGUGGGCAGCGCAGCUGCAGUCCCUCGCAGCGCAUGGCGCGUGAGGGUCAGUGCGCUGCUGACAGGCGCCUCAGCGACUCGCUGAUGUGCCAUGUGUUUCGACUCAGGCCUCAGGAUAUCAGGGUAAAAUACCCUUAGGGCCCUUAUAUUAAGGCUGGGGUGGGUGUUGGACCCAGGGCACAUGUUAGCAGGGUGAUUUACCCUGUUCACUCUGAUUUUCAGGGUGCUCGGAGCAUGCUGGUCGGAUAUUUCAGAGUAUGAUUUUUUUUUUAUUUUUUUUUAACUCUUACGCUUUCAGAGUACACUUUUGUAACGCCCUGUAAAUUAUAGAGUGCCUUUGUUUCCCGCCCUGACUGGAAAG